UAAAAGAAAGUGAAGGAAAAGAAUGAACGGAAAAGAGAAGUAAAGGGGAGGCUUAGCUUCUUCCUUCUACUUGACGACUCUUUCUGUGAAGAUGUUUGGUUCUUUAAGCCCAUGCACACUUGAAGUUUCUCAGAUUCCCUUCACUUUUCCUUCUUUUGUAGAAAAUCCAUCGAUACCCAAGUGCUUAAAUCCCUUUGUCUUUGCUUCAAAUCCUUCCAAAUUCAAUUCCCCAGAGUAAAUUUUAAACAAAAUAUGGUCCCCUUCAUUGCUUUAACUCUCCUGUCUCUUCUAAGCUCUUCUUGUUCUUCUUCUUUAGUCAAUGAUUUUAACGUUUUAAUCGUGCUUAAACAAGGAUUUGCAUUCCCUGAACCAGUCUUGAGCACGUGGAAUUCGUUGAAUUCAAGCUCAGUUUGCUCUUGGGCUGGAGUUGGUUGCUCUCGUGGGCGAGUUGUGUCAUUGGACUUAACAGAUUUGAAUUUGUCAGGUUCUGUUUCACCUCAGAUUUCAAGGCUUGAUAAGCUCUCAAACUUAUCUCUUGCAGGGAACAACUUCACUGGUAUUAUUGAGAUUUUCAGGUUGAGUAAUCUUCGGUUUCUUAACAUCUCAAACAAUCAGUUCAAUGGUGGUUUGGAUUGGAACUAUUCAGAAAUGGAAAACUUAGAAGUGUUUGAUGCUUACAACAAUAACUUCACUGCCUUUCUUCCUCUUGGGAUUUUGAGCUUGAAGAAACUCAAGUACUUGGAUCUUGGUGGAAACUAUUUUUAUGGCAAAAUCCCUGCAAGCUACGGGGAACUGGUGGGAUUGGAGUAUCUUUCACUUGCAGGAAAUGAUCUUCAUGGAAAAAUCCCUGGCGAGUUAGGAAACUUAACUAACUUGAGGGAGAUUUACUUGGGGUAUUACAAUGUUUUUGAAGGUGGGAUUCCUGCAGAGUUUGGAAAUUUUGUGAAUCUAGUUCACAUGAAUUUACCAGAAUGUGAGCUAGAUGGUUCAAUUCCAAGGGAGCUUGGAAACCUGAAGCUGCUCGAUACUCUAUAUUUGCACGCCAAUCAUUUUUCAGGUUCUAUUCCAAAGGAGUUAGGCAACCUGACAAACUUAGUGAAUCUUGAUCUUUCCAACAAUGCACUCUCUGGUGAAAUCCCAUUUGAGUUCAUCAACCUCAAGCAAUUGAAGCUCUUCAAUCUCUUCUUGAAUAGACUACACGGUUCCAUUCCUGAGUUCAUCACGGAAUUGCCUAAUUUGGAGACAUUGGGGCUAUGGAUGAACAAUUUCACUGGUGAGAUUCCUCAGAAACUUGGCCAAAAUGAGAAGCUUCAGGUUCUUGAUUUGUCCUCAAAUAAGCUCACAGGUACAAUUCCAAAAGACUUGUGUUCCUCUAAUCAGUUGAGGAUUCUAAUUCUCUUGAAGAAUUUUCUGUUUGGUCCAAUUCCUGAAGGUUUGGGGAAAUGUUAUAGUCUCACUAGAGUGAGGUUGGGGCAGAACUACUUGAAUGGCAGCAUACCAAAUGGCUUCAUUUACUUGCCUCAGUUGAAUUUAUUAGAGUUGCAGAACAAUGUCUUGUCAGGAAAAUUAUCAGAGAAUGGUGAUAGUUCAUCUAAACCUGUUAAAUUAGGCCAAAUCAAUUUGUCAAACAAUCUCCUCUCAGGUUCUUUGCCAUUUUCGCUUUCCAAUUUCUCUUCCCUUCAAAUCCUUCUGCUCAGUGGAAAUCAAUUCUCAGGUCCAAUUCCACCUUCCAUAGGAGAACUCAAUCAAGUUCUAAUGCUUGAUCUUAGUGGAAAUUCACUUUCAGGUUCAAUUCCACCUGAAAUAGGAAACUGUUUCCAUCUCACUUCCCUUGACAUGAGCCAGAACAAUCUCUCUGGUUCAGUUCCACCAGAGAUAUCCAACAUUCAUAUCUUGAAUUACUUGAACUUGUCUAGAAAUCAUUUGAACCAAACAAUACCAAAAUCCAUUGGUUCCAUGAAAAGCCUAACUGUUGCUGAUUUCUCUUUCAAUGAUUUCUCCGGGAAGGUGCCGCAAUCCGGUCAGUUUUCCCUCUUUAAUGCCUCAUCUUUUGCAGGAAAUCCUCAACUCUGUGGUCCUCUCCUUAACAAUCCUUGCAAUUCCACCGCCAUCACAAACACACCAGGAAAAGCCCCCAGUGAUUUCAAGCUCAUUUUCGCUUUAGGCCUGCUUAUAUGCUCUCUGAUAUUUGCAACUGCUGCAAUAAUCAAGGCCAAGUCUUUCAAGAAAAACAGCUCAGAUUCUUGGAAGCUGACAGCUUUUCAAAAGCUAGAAUUCUCUGUCACAGACAUCCUGGAAUGUGUGAAAGAUGGAAAUGUAAUUGGCAGGGGAGGAGCUGGGAUUGUAUACCAUGGAAAAAUGCCAAAUGGGGUUGAAAUUGCAGUUAAAAAACUACUUGGUUUUGGCACCAAUAGCCAUGACCAUGGCUUUAGAGCAGAAAUUCAAACACUAGGCAACAUUAGACAUCGAAACAUCGUUAGAUUGCUUGCUUUCUGCUCUAACAAAGAAACCAAAUUGCUGGUUUAUGAAUACAUGAGAAAUGGAAGCUUAGGAGAAGCCUUACAUGGCAAAAAAGGUUCUUUCUUGACUUGGAAUUUGAGGUACAAAAUUGCCAUUGAGGCUGCUAAAGGCCUAUGCUACCUCCACCAUGAUUGCUCACCAUUGAUUGUUCAUCGAGAUGUAAAAUCCAAUAACAUUCUGUUGAAUUCGAGCUUCGAAGCACACGUAGCAGAUUUUGGAUUAGCAAAGUUCCUUGUUGAUGGGGGAGCAUCAGAAUGUAUGUCAGCAAUUGCAGGGUCUUAUGGCUACAUUGCACCUGAAUAUGCAUACACAUUGAAGGUGGAUGAGAAGAGUGACGUAUAUAGUUUUGGAGUUGUUCUCUUGGAGUUGCUAACAGGACGGCGGCCAGUGGGCGAUUUCGGUGAAGGGGUGGAUAUUGUACAAUGGAGCAAGAGCGUGACAAAUAAUCGGAGGGAAGAUGUGUUGCAAAUUGUUGAUUCAAGACUAACAAUGGUUCCCAAAGAUGAAGUAAUGCAUCUGUUUUUCAUCGCAAUGUUGUGUUGCCAAGAAAAUAGCAUUGAACGCCCCACUAUGAAAGAAAUAGUUCAAAUGUUGUCCGAAUUUCCUCUUCAAUCCUCAAAUUAUCAUUCUUCAUCGUCUUCUAUUGUCUCUCAACAAUUGAAAAUUGCGGAAAAAGAGAAAAUUCAUGCAAAACCCACACAAGAUCUUUUAGUUUAAGAGCUUGAAUAGUUCUUUUUUCCUUAGAAAUUUAAGGUGUCUUUUUAUUGGCUUGAUUUUUGUUAUAGCUUUUCUUUUUUGGUUCCUCUCUUUGUUGAUAUGCAAAGUAUAUUUUCUUUCUAAUUCAUGGGCUUAGAAUUAGGCAUAGGAGAUCUCGUGACCAUAUAGAUAUAGGAAUAAUUUGUGGGUUAGACUUCUUUUUUAAGGAGUGUUCUCUGUAGGUGGAGAGCUUGCAAGCUUUUACUAAUGGUUCAUGCAAGCUCUUUGUAUUAUAUAUAUAUAUAUAUAUACUC